AUGAAGACCGCCCCCUUAAUAUUCAUAGCCUUGGCAUUUAUUGGCGUCGCAGUGGCUAAUCCCCUGAUUGCCUUUGUCAAGGCCCACGCUGACAAUCACAUACUCAACAAAUUGGCUGCCACAAAUUCUUUGAGUGCUUCUUCGAAUCCCGAAUACACUUCCGAAUGUUUCAGUUAUUAUUUGCCAAUUUUAAAUCAAAUUUCAAACAACUUCUCGGUACAGUAUCAGCAAUGCAUUACUAAAGCCGAUACAUCUACUGCUAAUCUCACCGCAAGGGCUGCUGAAAAUCGGGUGUCAUUUGUGAAUAACACCGCUGCCAUUUGUAGUGCCUUCACCACUUGCAACAGGGACAACGAUACUAUGGACUUCUUCAAUUGUUAUGCAACAGCGUCAUCUGCUGAUGUUACUGCUAUCUACUCGCUGUCGGAUAGCGUUUCUAAUGCAGCAUUUUCAUUCAAAACUGGUUUACAAGAAAUCAAGAAUACCGAGGAUUUAUGCACUCAUGAUGUCGAACACACUUAUGUAGUGCAGACUUCGGAAACCUAUGAGGAAUUAAACGAAUGCAUGCUUUAUGGAUUGCCAUCUAGUACUAGCACUGCUGUUUCAACCAAUGCAACUACCUCAGCUUCCAGCUCAGUUAGCCCAGAUGCCAGCACUACGACUGUUUCCAGCGUAGCCUGA